CAUCAUGGCGUGUGUGCUGGUAGGCCUGCGUGUUUGCUUCCACAAUUUCAUCCUUUUUUCCUCGUUUCCUUCUAUUUUGGAGCGGUGUGAUAGCCAUGAGGGACCGGCGCCUCCUCUUCGCCUCGUCUGCGUCACCGCCAGGAGGCAUGCUGGUUCCUGAUGCGAUCGCCACACGUGAACGCCGCUGACACCUGGCGCGGACAGGUAUGAGGGAGGCAAGGUUGUUUUAGUGGAGUGCGAGGGGAGCGCCGCCCCCGACACGUGUCCCCCAGGCCAUGGUGCCCGAGCAAGACCCCCUCCUUGCCACGCACCCCAACAGCAUGUCCAAGGAGGCCGAGGUGCCGCCCGAGCAGGUAGAGCCAGUCGACCUCAGCGUCAAAACCAAGGACGACCAAGCAGCCGAUCCCCAGCCCAGCCCUGGCCAUGUCAAGCCAGUCUCCAGGGUGGCCGGGGCGCCAGUGACCCACGGCCACCAGCCGGGGCCUCAGGGCUCUUCCCUGCGGCUGCCGAGGUUCGGGCCCCACCCGGACCCCUCGCGACCACCCUCAGGGCCCCUGGGCUUCACCCCCGUUAGACUCCCGGUGGAUAAGACACGACGACCGCCGGGUAACGACCAGCGCGCUGUCAGCUUGUUGCUGACUGAGCAAGGGCCCAAGGUAUCUGCCGAGCGUCGGCCCACCGAGCAGCAGCAGCAGCAGCAGCAGCAGCAGCAGCAUUCCCCUGGCAGCGCGCUCAGCGUGUCCAUUGUGGGGUCCCUUGCCGCUGCCCAAGCAGAGGCAGAGAGCGGCUCCAGCGACCGCGUGCCUCGGGUGAGCGAGAGUAACGGCCACAAGCACUUGGAGCACCCGCCCUUCAAGUACUCGGAGGGCGCCUCUCCCCCCUUGUCCAUCAGGCAGGUGUCCCGCUACACCUCCAGCGCCUCGGAGACCGGCGCAGUGUCCAAGCCCUCGCAAACCCUUGCAGUGACGCUCUCCGCCACGCACUCCACCUCCUCCUCCUCCUCCAAAUCUUUGCCUCAGAGCCUAACGGUGGAGCCGCGCUCCGUGUCCGUGACUUCCAGCUGCGGCGUGCCCAGGACCAGGUCCCCCACCCUCUCCCCGGACCACAGCGGCCUGUCCGCCCUUGACCUGCCCGCCCUGCACAUGGGCCUGCCGCUCCACACCUCCAGCUUCUGCAUGAGUCCCGACCAGGUGGUGGGCGCCAGCGGCUCGCCACUCAGGCCCAGCGACCCCGCCUUCCUGCUGCAUAUGUCCAGGUUCCCGGGCUCCCUCCCCCUGCCCCUCGGCCUCGACCUCACCCUCAAGUCUGAGCUGGGCAAGAGUCCCAUGGACACCCUCAACAUGAGCCUGGAGAGUUCCUUCCACAACGGCACCACCUCGCCCUUCCUCUCCCUGCAGAGGAUACGAGAAGCGUCCCUAGCCCUUUACGGGAAGAGAUCGCUGAGUGAGAGUCCCUCGCCGCCUCCCCUGGCCGGCACCCGCCUCUCUUCACCGCCCCACACCACCGCCCUUACCUCCUCCACCAUCUCCUCCUCGUCCUCUUCCUCGUCCUCUCCUUCGUCGCCCCCUGCAGGCGCUCGUCCCCCUGGCCGUCCCCCUCCCCCGUCCGCUGACUACCCGGAGGUCCUCAGGAGGCGGAAGGCUCACCGCUGCGAUUUUGAAGGCUGUGAAAAAGUGUACACUAAGAGUUCACACUUGAAGGCACACAAACGUACACACACAGGAGAGAAGCCGUACCAGUGCACGUGGGACGGCUGCAAGUGGAGGUUCGCACGGUCGGACGAGCUGACGCGCCACUACCGCAAACACACGGGCCAGAAGCCCUUCAAGUGCCAGCUGUGUCAGCGGUCCUUCUCGCGGUCAGACCACCUCUCGCUGCACAUGAAGCGGCACUGAGGGCGCGGAGCCGCUAGGGAUGAAGGAGACUCCGCUGACGAGAUGCCUCCCUCUCCCGCGCAGAGCGAGCCUUCUCCACCUGUGAUAACUGUGCAUUUGUUGGUGAGACGAGCGGAACGAGGGAUUGCCUCAGUCACUAGGUCGCACCCCGCGGCCACCGUCCUCCUGGCCGAGGCGCGCUUGCCCCGGAGCCUUCGGAAGGUACGAGUGAAGGAUGUGUAUUCGAUCUCACGCGUUUUAAUUAUUUAAAUUUUAUCAAGAAUGUUUGCAACAUUGAGCAGCCUCCUGUCAGUAUUACCAACGCCGCAAGGGUCGUCCCUCCUAUCCCCCCACUAAUGGCGGCUUCGGGGCUGCGGGCGGGUCAGCAGGUGACAGUGAAGCAGCGCCCCCCGCUCCCCUCCCGCCCCUACUAUUGCUGCGACAUCGAGAUGAGGAAACACUUACACUGGAGAGAAUGGCACCAGAUGAGCAUGUUUACUCUGAAUUAGAACGUGCAUUUCUAUUUCCUGGAAGCCGCGAGGCUCAGCUUCCCCGCGGCUAGCGGCACCACGCGCCGGAAGUCUGUGUGACAGGCGGGCGGCGGGGCGACGCCGGAGCAGCAACAAUGGUGCUACUGCAGAGACGCGUCGUUGUGCAGCGUGUUCCCGAGGUCUGAGGGCCCAUGGGCCUCCUAGGCCUGCAAGAUUAUAUUUUCUGUAGCACAUUCUAUCUGGAUAUAUUUUUUAUACUGCCAUACAUGUACAUGUUUCUUGUGGUUGUCUGUGAUCUUGUCUGGAUGUAGGCUAAGCGCUUCUGUUGUUAUUGUUUCGAUGUUUUGCGUGUUUGUUUGUGAUGAUUUUUUUUCUUGUGUGACUCGCGGUGUUGGACGAUCGUAAGUCCAUCCUGAGAGGCAGACAUGCCCUCCUCUGUGCGUCUGUUCCUGUUCGUUCACCUCUACACUCAGCACUCAGCCUCACCACUGGUCAAGGAUUCUCUCUGAACCCGCGUCGAAGGAGGAGCUGCCUGGCGGCGCCACGCCCUCCCUUACUACAUAUCACCUCUCCGACACUCGCCAGAUGGUUGCAUUGCGCGGCGAGUGUUGUGGUCAUCCUGUCUCCGUCCCGUAGUCGUAGUGGGAGUGAGGAGUGACCGCCGCCUAGAGGGUCGCCGCGGCGGGUCACGGUCAGCCCGGCGCCUCGGCACCAGCAGCCUGUGCCGGGAAUUAAUCAUCUUGUCCGUGGGUUUACCUGACGACCCGCUGUGAUGAUGCAACUCCCUGCUGGGACUGCGUGGCCACGACCCCUCCCUCCCCCGUCCCCCGGAGCCCCCAGUCCCCUAGGCCUCCAUCAAGGACUAAGUCGCUCUUUCUAUCACAGUCUUCCAUUAUCACGAAGUACAAAUAACUUUUCUCUCCUUGUAAAUAGGUGGCUUUCCUUUCUCUCUCCUUCUCGGGAAGAUAACUACGUAGAUAACUAUUUAAAAGUAGUUGAAGUCGACUAAGAGCAAGCCACGCGCCGCUACCCUCGAGCCGCUAAGGACUCGCCGGGUUCUUAGCAGGAGUUUGUAUUCCAGGCGGCGUCCGUCCCUCUGAGACUCUGAGGUGAAGGUCACGUUGGGAAUAGUUGACCUGACCUCCACUCCAGGCCUCUCGUAGUCAUUGUGAAAGGAAAGGGACUGACUCGCCUCCUCCUCCUCCUCCUCCUCCUCCUCCUCCUCCUCCUCCUCUUCCUCCUCCUCUUCCUCCUGUCACACCUGCCUUACCAACCUUGAUUCAUCUCUUUACCUGAGUGCCGUGAAAUAUUUAAAGGUGAUUCACUUUACUUUUGACUCUGCAGCGGACUUUCUCUUUUCUUAGUUCUUGGGAGAAACUCGCUGAAUUAGACACAUCCUGUACACUCCCAGAUCCCUCAACGGUUCUUCCUGACGCUCGCCUUUCGUUCCCGCCUCCCCCUCCCUCGCCGCACCCCGAUCCUGGCUGCUGGCGGCUGGACGCUCUAACUUGGCGGGGAAGGGAACGAGGUGGCGGGGCGGGGCGGGGCGGGGCAAGCACUCUGUCUUUGGUAGUUCACGUGAAUUAUUUGUACAAAGACGAGCAAUGCCACAAGACUCGUUUGAGGUUAAAAAAUGAGCUAUUAAAUGCACUCUUCUCCCUUUAACCACUUCCCUUCCCCCAUUCCCCAUUCUGCCUUUCCUCCUCCCCCUUUCCCUUCCCCUCUCGGUAACCCGUGGAGCCGCUUCGCAUUAAGUGCCAUAAACUUAAAGGGUCGUUUUGGGGUUCCUUUCCCCUUUUUUUAAGGAAGACUCGGGGGUGGUGGGGCGAACCUAGAAGAGACCUUUUUUUUCUAUACCUUUCUUCGUAGGGAGUCCUUUAGAGGCUUUAAAUGCUCUCUGGAAAGCGUGAGGGCGUGAUGGAGGAGAGAAAGGAGUCCUGCGUUGUCUCUUCCUUCCCUGACGUGUGGUGGCGAGGAAGGAGAGGAAGGAAGAAUAACGGGAAGUCGAAGAUAAUAUUUGCCGUCGAUCAUUUGGCGGUCCGUUUUCUCCUCUUAAUGUAGUCGCCCCUUUGACCUCCCGUUUUCUAUUCCCCGCGAGCUAUUUAUGUGUUGAUCUUAGUUGAUUUACUACCCUCGGGCUUUUGUCGUCGUGUUUUCUUUCUUGUUUUAUAUGUGUUCCUGUGGCUGUGUGUGUGUGUGUGUGUGUGUGUGUGUGUGUGUCGUCCAGUCAUCGUCGGGUAGUGUGGUUAAGGUGUUGUGUAAACCUCAUUGUCUCUCGUCUGUCCCGUCACGUCCUAUCGUCACAUCUCCCCCGUCCCGUCCCGUCCCCCCGUCAGUUCUGUCCACAAGUGUUAAUCUGGUUCUUCAUCAAUGCAUCAGACACUGCAGUAAUGUAAACAAUCAAGUCACCAAUAAAUAUGCAACAAGACACACCACUAAUGAACCUUGGAAUGUUGCGGUAAAUGUUGUGUUGCUUCAUUGUAAUUUCCAGAGCAGCACUUGGAUUCGAAAGUCAUAAAUGAUCAGCUGAUUCAUGUCAUUGUGUUGCAAGGAGUAUGGGUGUUUCUGUGAGCGUCCUCAGAGGCACGCAACUCAAUGAGAGACGGUCUAGCUGUAUGUAGGUCCUCCACACACACACACACACAUACACACGCACACACACACACACAUCCUAUUCCUAUCCUUCGAAUUCUGUAUCCUCCCUCUUGACCAGUGGUUCCCAAACUAUUUUGCAUGACUUUCCGUCUUUUGCUUCAAACAAUCGCACGCCACCUCACCCCUCACCGACUUUACUGUUUGCUUUAAUGUAAUAAAAUUUUACAGUUCAUAAUUAUCACUAUGAUAAAAAAAAAAGAGGUUCGUUUGCGUUAAAACAAAUGAAACAAAUAAUAAAGGGACGAGAGAUUUUAAUCAACAUUUGCUUUUCGGAGUAAUUUCAAUGAUUUUUGGCCAGAUGGUUUCACGUUCCCAGUGUAUCCUCUUCACCCCGCCUUGGACUCCCCCCCCUUUCCCCCAAAGUUUGUGAGCCACUGUUCUAGACCAGGAAUUGUCCAAGUAUCAGCUUUUCAUGCACAUUCCUAUUUCCUCUCCACCUCACAACAUGCCAUCAGGAGACAAGUGUCCUAAUAACCUCGUGAAGGCUGCUGGCAUCCCUACGGCCACAGGGACUCGUGCAGGAGCUGGACCGUAGACCCACCGAGUUCCCUCCUGGUCCUGCCCUCCAGCAACACUCCCCAGUCCAGUGUUGCAAGUGGCUGCAGGAUUCAGUGUUGUGUUGAGGGGAUGACUGCUCUGCGUUGCUCUAGACCUCAUGUGAUCUGUGUUGUGCGAGAUGCAUUUAGUGUUUCUAUUAUAAAAUCUAGAUGACUAUUUUUGUAAGAUAAACAGAGAUUCCAGAAUUCAAUAGUAUUAUAUUGAAGUGUAAAUCCUUGUACAUACAAUCUCCUUUAUAAUAUAAAUAAUAUAAUAUAAUACGGUUGCUCCUG